CUCAGCUCUCCCAUACUUACUAAUUCAAGGACUGUAUUACAGCCGUCACAACUUCUCUUACUAUGUUGUGAACUUUUCGUCCAAUGCGCUCCUUGGAAUCUUGUGCUCUCAGGGGUUAGUUAGACGUGACACAGGCAUUCCUAGCUUACGGGUAACAACGACAAUGUGCCGCGUUACUACGGGACCGUCUUCGGAAAUGUCGAUGAACCAAACUUUGAUUUGGAGCUCAACAUUAUGUUUGCCGCAUUGUUGUUUGCGCCGUUAAGGGCUUCCCGUGCUCAAGAGGAAGUGUAUAUAUAGAGUGUCAAGCCGCGUUGUUUCUUGGACUCGAUCAGACUACACAACCACAACAGUCAAUAGUCAACAGAUCAGCAAAGCUCAACAACAACAGUCUUCGCACUAGUCAUCAAUAUGCUGUUCCCUCAGAGCAUCAGUCUGCUGCUUGCCAGCUCGAUCGGCCUUGCAUCCGCGAGUGCCAUCGCUCAAUUCCCCAGACCACACCCCAACCCCAAGGCCGUUGGCGUUCCGGUUCUAGGCAACAAGCCCUACCCGAACACCACGAUCGCGGGUGUUACCGUUAUCGACACCCCUGUUGUCCGUGCUGCCAUUGAGUUCACUCGCAACCACAGCACCGAGGCCGUCUUCAAGCACCAGAUCCGCUCAUGGAUCUUCGGAUCUCUCAUCAUUGCCGGUAACGAGACUCUCAAGAACACUGUCGACAUCGAAGUCCAAGCUGUGGCUGCUAUUCUCCACGAUCUAGGCUGGGACCAGACCCCCAACUCUGAGGUCACGACCCACGACCACCGAUUCGAGGUCGACGGUGCCAUUGCCUCCCGCAAGUUCCUCGCCCAGUACGGUGGUGAGAACUUUGACGCUCGCCGAACUCAGCUAGUUUGGGAUGCUAUUGCCCUCCACACGACCCGCACGAUCGGUUACUACAAGGAGGACGAGGUCCGCCUUACCAGUGAAGGUAUCUCCGUCGACUACGAUGGUCUUAAGCCUGGUGUUACCAACGAGACUUACCACGCGAUCCUCGACCAAUACCCCAACUUUGACUUGAAGGAGGCUACCAACGACACCUUCAUCUUCAUCUGUGCUACCAAGCCCGACAUCACCUACGACACUCAGCUGCAGGCGUGGGGUGAGCGUUACCUCUCCAACUACUCCACCAAGGGCAACCUCAGAAUCGACAAGAUCUUCGAGAACUUGUAAAUAAAGUUCACAUGCUGUACAAGACUGUUAGGAGUAGUGGGGUGAUGUUGACUGGUGUUGUUGGUGUUGCGGGCGGUGAGAAGCGGUGUUGAGGUGAGGGCCAAUAAAGUUGAUAUUGUCUGGGUUUCGUAUAUAUCAAAAGAACUGGGAGCGGUUAUCUCGGACCUUCACUUUAUAGAUGUCGAGACAAGUACCUAUUGAUCUAAUCAAUUUGACAUUUUUUCUUCUUUAUUU